GAACUUCCAGUCUAAUGAUUCCUUCCUCCUCCUGGUCAGUGUUCCCGGUGGACCUCAGCAUCGAGGACUGAUCUGGGAGAGGCUGAAAGUCUGAGGCCAGACAUACCCAGAAGUCAGGAGCCAGCAUGAGACCUGCUGUAUGGCUUCUCCUGAUGAAAGCCCGUUGAAAGCCUGGGGAAGCUGAGUGUUAUAUCUCUGCUGCUUGUCCAUCAUGGGGAAGACACCUCUGCUUAGAGAAGAUGGCAAGUCUCAGCGGAAUACGUUUGGUGGGUCCAAGGCCUCGUCAAAAGGCAGCAGCAGCAGCAGCAACAACACUGUCUCCUCAAAGAAGAAACCUCGCAGGAAAGCUGAUGCACUAAUGUUUAUACAAAUCUUUAUCCACCUGUUGAAAAGCAACAUUGGCACAGGCUUCCUGGGACUUCCCCUGGCUGUGAAAAAUGCUGGAUUGUUGGUGGGGCCUGUCAGCCUCUUAGCCAUCGGAGCGCUCACAGUGCACUGUAUGGAUAUCCUGCUGAACUGUGCCUGCCAUCUCACUUCGAGAUUGCAGAGGAGUUUUGUGAACUAUGAAGAGACCACAAUGUACAGCCUGGAGACAUGCCCAAGUCCUUGGCUGAGGACGCACUCUGUGUGGGGCAGGUACGUCGUAAGCUUCCUGCUCAUCGUCACUCAGUUGGGCUUCUGCAGUGUGUACUUCAUGUUUAUGGCAGACAAUUUACAACAGAUCGUGGAAGAAGCUCACUUCACCUCCAAUGUCUGCCAGCCUAGGCAGAGCCUGGUGAUGACGUCCAUCCUGGACACUCGAUUCUAUAUGCUCACCAUCCUGCCCUUCCUCAUUCUUCUGGUGCUCGUCCAGAACCCACAGGUGCUGUCCAUCUUCUCUACCUUGGCCACCAUCACCACCCUGAGCAGCCUGGCUCUGAUCUUCGAGUAUCUCAUCCAGAUCCCACACCAUAGCCACCUGCCCCUGGUUGCAAGCUGGAAGACUUUCUUGUUGUUCUUUGGCACAGCUAUCUUCACCUUUGAAGGCGUGGGGAUGGUUCUGCCUCUCAAAAGCCAGAUGAAGAGCCCACAGCAGUUUCCCGCCGUGCUCUAUCUGGGGAUGUCCUUUGUCAUCUUCCUCUACAUCUGCUUGGGGACUCUGGGCUACAUGAAGUUUGGCGCAGACACUCAGGCCAGCAUCACCCUCAACUUGCCCAAUUGCUGGCUGUACCAGUCAGUCAAGCUGAUGUACUCUGUGGGCAUCUUCUUCACCUAUGCCCUCCAGUUCCACGUCCCGGCUGAGAUCAUCGUCCCCUACGUCGUCUCGAGAGCAUCUGAGAACUGGGCUCUGUUCAUAGACCUGACUGUCCGCGCAGCCUUGGUCUGCCUGACCUGUUUCUCAGCCGUCCUCAUCCCCCGCCUGGACCUAGUCAUCUCCCUGGUGGGCUCUGUGAGCAGCAGUGCCCUGGCCCUCAUCAUCCCGCCCCUGCUGGAGAUUGCCACGUUUUACUCUGAGAACAUAAGCUGUACGACCAUUGCCAAGGACAUCAUGAUCAGCAUCCUGGGCCUCUUAGGAUGUGUACUUGGGACGUACCAAGCCCUCUACGAGAUGACCCAGCAGAGCCGUUUUCCCAUGCUCAACUCUACAAAUGUCCACACAUAAUUACCUAUUUUUAUUUGAAUAGCUCUUCCCUCCUCCCAUCCUCCGUUGGAUUCCCAGUAUAUGUGUUCAUCAAAGCCCAGCA